CCGGCCAUUCCUAACUUGCUCCAGAGCCAUGUCUUCACAGACACCCCUAUCCGAUCCCUUGACAACCCAAGAAAAACUCCUCCUUUCCCAGGCAGUCUAUAAACUCGGAGCAUUCAGCUGGGCAGAGGUCAGCAGCCUUUUGUUAGAUCAUCCUUGUAUCAAGGAUGCUACACCGCAUGCGAGACCGGCAAAGCUUUUCACGCCAGAGAGAUGUGAGGGGAUAUACAAGGAACUAAUGGGUGCUAUCGGGAUUAAUGUGCCUGCGCCGGAUGGUAUCAAGCCACAUGCCAAAUCGCACCUUCGUCUAGCCCAAAACUACUAUAUAGCCCGUCUAACGGAACUGCAAAACGAAAUAUCAUCAUACGAAACCCGCUUCACCUCUCUCAUGUCUGAAAUUACUGCCCUCAAGAAAGGAGAAUUGGAUGAACAACUGCGUGAAGAGAUUAAGGCUGGGUUAGAAAGAAAGUAUGGUAAAAAGGCCGUUGAAGAGUGGAUGCCUGGAAAGGCUGAGAUCCAGAAAGCAGUCGAGGAUGGGCCUGUGAAAGAGGGUGAAGUAGACCCAGAACUUGCGAAGAAGGAGAAGGAAGAGAAACAAAAGGAUGUGGAAGAGCCUAGAAAGGGUGUUGAAAUUGUGGGCGCUUCAACUUUGGAAGAGAACCCAGCUGUUUCUGUUUUGGGGAAGCAGGAGGGACCGUCAAAAUCAUUAAAGCCUGAAUUCCUUGAAUCAAAAGUAAAAAACCCGAUAGAACAGAUGAAGACGCCCGAUGCAUCGCGCGCCACUCUUUCUCCGCAGCCAUCACCACUUUCGCCCGCUCCUUCCGACCACUCUCCUUCCCGAUCUGUCAAGACUGCUGCCGAUGAGGAAAAAGAGGAGGAGGAUGCAGAGAAAGAGGAAGAAAAAGGAGAAGGGGAGCAGGACGAGGAAGUCGUACCCGAGAAGAAGACUAAUAAGCGUAAAGCCGUCUCACAACCCAAGGGUGCACCUCCUACCAAGCGAAAUAGUCGACGCGGCGCUGUCACCGAGGAACCCGAAGAAUUCGAAGCGGGAGAGGCUGCAGAAGAAGAAGAAGAAGAAGGAGGAGGAGCCGAGGAAAAGGAGGAGGAACCACCUACAACUCGUGGCCGUCGUUCCAAACGUUCUUCCCUGACCAAACCAUCUGCUUCUCCUUCUUUACCUCCCAAAGAUACUUCACCUGCUAUAUCCCGGCGCGCUCCAUCUGUCUCCUCUACAACUUCUGCUGCUACACCAGGAGGUGAGGGGGAACGAAGAAGUUCAAGACGUGCGGCUGCCCCUGCUGCAGGUAGGCGGGGAAUGAGGGACGAUGUAGUUUCUAAAUCAGUCCGAGGUCAGACUGCCGAUGCGGCGGACGCGGAUGAUGGACCCCCAACUCCAACUGCGGCAGAGGAACAUGAGCCUGAAAUACGUAAAUCGACCCGAGCCUCGCGCCGGAAAUCUGGUCUCCCCGAACAGCAGCAACAAGCUGCGGCCACGCCAACCCCUGUUGAACGUGAGCGUCGAGGAACUCGGGCCACUACACGAAACCUUCGCGAGUCGGUCGAAAAUGAGCACGCUUCAGCAAACAACGACGAUCAUGAUGACCAUGAUGAUGACGACACCACCAAUAACAAUGAUGACGAUAUGGAAAAUCCUGAUCCAGACUCUCCCACUGCCCCAACGCCCAACAACAGCAUCAAGGAAAAAGGCAAGAAAUCGUCCAAACCAUUCUUGUUCUCCCUCCUCGAGGCGAUGGCUUCCCACAGAUUCGGCACGAUCUUUGAGUCCCCAGUCAGGAAAUCUGAUGCUCCGGAUUAUUAUUCGGUGAUCAAGAGACCUAUGGACUUGAAGACAAUCAAAGGGAAGAUCAAGGAUGGGAGGAUCGAGCGGAUUGACGAGCUUGAGAGGGAUGUGCUUCUCAUGUUCUCGAAUGCGAUGAUGUACAAUGCUCCUGAUUCUCAAGUCUACGAAAUGGCCAAAGAGAUGAUGAAGGAUUGUGAAGGACAUUUUGCGCACUUCAGGAACAUGGAAAUGGAAUUGGAUAAUGAAGGGUAGAGAAGUGACAAGCCUGGAAAGUGAGCCAUGGAUUGAAGGACUUCUUUUUAUGGGAGAAUAAUGGGGGGUCGGAUUUUGUAACUGUUCGUCAUUCGUCCUAGUCUCAUGUAUUUCAAGUCGCGUGUAA